ACGCACACACACACACACACACACGCACACUUUUCCCUCCCCCUCCUGCCAGUCACUCGUGCACGCGCGCGCACACGUAUAAAAGGUAGCGCGCGUCUGGCUCGGGCUUCAUUUGCUUCUUUUCAUCUUCAACUUGUAGACUUUGCAAUUCGCCAAAACAAGCGCAAAUCGUUGUUCUUUUUAUUUUUUUCGCUGGGGUGCCAGCAAGGGAGGUCGAGGGUGUUUUUGCAUUGAAUUUCUAUUUGACCUCUCUCCCGCCUCGUUACCCGCCAUGGGCUCGUCGCUUCCCGCCUACUCGCCGGGGCCAGGGCGCAAGUUCUGUCUGCCCAGGCCUCCCGCUGGCGCGCCGCUGUCGGAAGUGAUCACGUCGGACGUGGUGCACAGCUUCCUGUACGGGCGAUGGAGGCGCGUGCACGGCGAGCAGCAGUUGACGCACGAGGCCGCCGCAGGCGCGAGCCCCAAAACCGCCUUCACCGCCGAGGUGCUGGCGCAGUCCUUCUCCGGAGAGGUUCAGAAGUUGUCCAGUUUGGUUCUUCCCAGCGAGGUGGUCAUUGCGCAAAGCUCUGUCCCAGGAGAAGGUCUGGGAAUCUUCUCCAAGACUUGGAUCAAGGCAGGUACCGAGAUGGGUCCGUUUACGGGGCGCCUGGUUUCUCCGCAACACGUCGACUUUUACAAGAACAACAACCUCAUGUGGGAGGUGUUCAACGGCGACGGCGGCGUGCGUUUCUUCGUGGACGCCAGUCAGGAGGAGCAACGCAGCUGGAUGACGUACAUCAAAUGCGCUCGCAACGAGCACGAGCAGAACCUGGAGGUGGUGCAGUUGGGAAGCGCCAUCUUCUACAAGGCGCUGCAGACCAUCCCGCCUGACCAGGAGCUGCUCGUUUGGUACGGAAAUUCCCACAACACCUUCCUGGGGAUUCCUGGAAUUCCAGGAGGCGACGACGAGCAAGCAAAGAAAAGCAAGAGCGACGAGUCGCUCGGCUGCGAAGUCUCCACCUCGGGCUCGGGGGGUCUGGGCCGCAUGCGCUGCGUCAUUUGCCACCGCGGCUUCAACUCUCGCAGCAACCUGCGCUCGCACAUGCGCAUCCACACGCUGGACAAGCCCUUCGUGUGCCGCUUCUGCAACCGCCGCUUCAGCCAGUCGUCCACGCUGCGCAACCACGUGCGCCUGCACACGGGCGAGCGGCCGUACAAGUGCCACGUGUGCCAGUCGGCCUACUCGCAGCUGGCCGGUCUGCGCGCCCAUCAGAAGAGCGCCAGGCACCGCCCUGCCACCGGAGCCGGGGUCACCGGCAAUGGAGCCGGUGCCGGAGCCGCUGCCGCCGCUGCCGCCGGACGGGCGCUGCUGAUGGUGCGCGACCAGCGCUCGCCUCCUCCACAUUCUGCUUCCUUGGUCCACCACAUUCCCGCCGCUAUGGUGCUGUAGACCAGACGGCAAGGCGCGAGUUGCUCACCUUAAAGUAAAGGCAGUGAGUUAGCUUUUGCAGCGUUAGUGUAAGCGUAGCAGCGGCUACAAUGAAUACUCUGGAUGUUAGCCUAGCAUGCUAUUGUUUUUUAAAUGUUUUUCCCCGCCACGGUGCUUGAGACGAGAUGGUGGCACCAAAGUGUUGCCAUGAAGCUGCCAUUCGCAACUAAAAGGCUCACAAUGGAACCUUGGUGUAACCUCAAGGAUCAAAACGGAAUUGAUUCCUAAAUGAAAGAAUACUUGACCUGACACCUCAAAUUGAGAGAGAGAGAGAGACUUCACCCUGCUGACGCAUGACUGCACUGCGACUUACAGCAGCAACCGCGUGCUGAAAUAUGCCGACAACACGACUCUGGUGGUCUCAUCACCGAGGGCGACGAGACUCGAUACAGGUCGGAGGUCGACCUUCUGGC